GCAAAAACCACUCCUCAAAAUUCAACUCCAACAUUUACACCAAAUUUGCAUUCUCUUUUUAUUUUUGAGCUAACUGGCAGCAAAGGCAAGAUUAUGAAGAAGAACAUGGGAAGAACACAGAAGCAAUAUUUGCAUUUGCAUAAUCUGCUGCCAUUUUUGCUUCUCCUCAUUCUCCUCUCUCUCUCUUCUCCGACCCAGAGCUCGAGUCUCGGACUCCAUAGUCAACCUCAGUCCUCGUCGAAAAAACUACACUUCGUGCUCGUCCAUGGCGCCUGUCUCGGCGCCUGGUCGUGGUACAAGGUCACCACAUACCUGCAAUUGGCUGGCCACAAUGUGACUGCCCUUGACAUGGCUGGCGCCGGAAUCAACCCGACGCAGCCCAAGUCGCUGUCUUCGCUCACCGAUUACUAUGAGCCAUUGUUGAGGUUCAUGGACGCGCUGCCCUCUGAUGAGAAGGUCGUCCUGGUCGGGCACAGUCUCGGCGGGCUUGGAAUCUCAAUGGCCAUGGAGGAGUUCCCCGAGAAGAUCUCUGUUGCCAUUUUUGUCACUGCAGCCAUGCCUGGUCCAAUCUCCAAUUUAGAGGAAAAGAAGAAGAUACUUGAAAUGUAUGGCACUUUCAACAAAAAGGAUGAAGAACGAUCCAAAGUUUCUGAUGCAAAACUUUUUAUUUUCACCGAAGAACAAUUAGCAACCAAACUUUUCCCGCUCUCCCCGCCUGAGGAUUUGAGAUUAGCGACUACUCUAGUGAGGCCGCAGCCAAUGUUCGAUCUGAUAAAAUCGAUGGAGGAGCUGGAUCUGACCCGAGACCAUUACGGGUCGGUCAAACGGGCCUUCAUCAUAUCCGAGGACGACGAGAUGGCCCUCGAGAUCAUGGUGUGGGCCAUGCUCGUCUUGAACAAGCCGGAUCGUGUGGCUGAGAUCAAAGGAUCAGAUCACAUGGUGAUGGCUUCUAAGCCGCUUGAUCUUGCCCAACAACUCUCCACCAUCGCUCUAGAAUUUGCUUCUUCCACUUCUAUCUAACAAAAUCCCAUUAAUCCUUUUGGCUUU